AUGGAUACACGUAUAAUUGACGAAAUAGCCAAUUCUGGCGCUUCCGUUGGCACUGACAAGUCCUGCCAGGAUGAUGAUUUCGUGGAUCGAGUUAACCAUACUUACACAAUGAAUCUAAUAAUGUUUUUCACCGCUGUAGUUCUUUCUCGUCAGUUCGUGGGCAAGCCGAUUAGUUGCUGGAUUCCAAAUGAUUUUACAGGGGCUCAAGGAGAGUAUGCAGAAACAGUUUGCUGGGUGACUUCUACGUACUUUAUUCCCCCUGCCCAAGCUACCGUGCCAAUCGAGGAAGAUGUUCGGUAUGAGAAGAAGAUAUACUAUCAAUGGGUUCCUUUUAUUCUAAUGAUUCAAGCGGCACUCUUUGUUGUACCUUGCAUUGUAUGGAGGCUAUUCAAUGCUCAGUCAAGAAUUAAUGUAAGUUGGCUGAUGUCCACUGGUCUCAAAUCAAACCACUAA